CCGAGGCGCACAGGAUCCGCUGCCCGCCGCCGGGGACAGACACACAGAGACGCACCGGGAGCCUCGUGGCACAAACUCACCGUUAGAAAAUGACCGUGGAGAGAAUAUUCGACGAGCUCGGACAUUUCAAAAGAUUUCAGGCAUGCCUGUACUUUGCAGCAGUCUUCCAGGCCAUAGCUUGUGGGAUCCACUACCUGGCCUCGGUCUUCUUGGUGCAGACGCCAAACUUUGUGUGCAGUGCACAAGGCAACAUCACUGAUGUCCUGUAUGGUAACCUCACGGCAUCUAGCUUGGAAGAAAUCCUGCCAGUUUUCAAGCCGGGGACCGGGCCCCUGGUGGUGAGGACGGCUGAAGGAGAUCAGUGGGAGCUCAGCCAGUGCCGCUGCGCCUUGCGCAUGAACCCAGAAUCCUUCACGUAUAACUUUGAUGGCAACAAGACAGUGAAAACCUGCAAUGGGAACUUUAUUUAUGACCUCACUGAAGUUCACCAGAGCAUAGUGACGGACUGGGACUUGGUGUGUGAGAAGGAGUGGUUAGCCAAGCUGUGCCAGCCCACCUUCAUGGUGGGGGUGCUAAUCGGAGCGCUGGUGUUCGGGGACAUUGCAGACAGACUUGGCCGUGUGAGGAUCCUGAUGUUCACCAGUCUCUGCCAGUUUGGACUCGGAGUGGCUGUGGCAUUUUCUGGAAACUACUACUUUUUUAUGGUGCUCCGCUUCCUCCUCGCCAUGGUAUCAAGUGGCUACCUCGUGGUGGUGUUUGUCUACGUCACGGAGUUCACUGGCAUCAAGGUUCGCACGUGGACUUCUAUGCACGUGCACGCUGCCUUCGCUGUGGGCAUCAUGGUGGUGGCUCUGACCGGUUACCUGGUGCGGGUCUGGUGGAUCUACCAGAUCAUCCUCUCCACGUGCACCUCACCCUUCCUGCUCCUCUGCUGGAAGUUCCCUGAAACGCCCUUUUACUUGGUGGCCAAGGGCCGUUACAAGGAAGCUCAGUCCCUGCUGGACAAGAUCGCCCGCUUCAACGGCCUUCAGUGCAAGCUGAAGGUGCAGGAGCUCCUGGAGCCAGAGGGGAAGGUGAACAGCAAACCUCUGCUGGAGGAGGCGGAGGAGUGUCCAGUGCAGUCCGAGAAGAAGCUGUCCAUCCUGGAUCUGUUUGGUAGCUGGAGGAUGGCGGGCCGCACGUGCACAGUGUGGGCCAUCUGGUUCAUUGGCAGCCUGGGCUACUACGUCUUCUCUUUGGGCUCAGUCAACCUAGGAGGGAACCAGUAUGUUAACCUCUUCCUGGCUGGUGCAGUGGAACUUCCCUCCUAUCUAGUUGGCUGUUUUGCAAUGGACCGGAUUGGCAGGAAGAAGACUUGUGCCCCAGCUCUGCUUCUGGCCGGAGUCGCUUGCAUGCUCAUCAUUGUGGUACCUGCUGACAUCGAAGCGUUGGCCAUCGCUCUCUGUAUGACAGGGAAGUUCGCCAUCGCUAUCGCCUUUGGUCUCAUCUACCUGUACACCUGUGAGCUUUACCCAACCAUCAUCAGGUCUCUGGCAGUGGGUAGUGGCAGUAUGAUGUGUCGUGUUGGCAGCGUGGUGGCCCCCUUCUGUGUGUAUCUGGCUGAUGUGUGGAUCUACCUACCUCAGCUCAUUGUGGGGAUCCUGGCAUUCGUUAUCGGAGUUCUGACAAUGUUGUUGCCUGAGACCCUGGGCAAACCUCUAACAUCCACUCUGGAAGAGGCCGAAGCUCUGGGACGCGAGCCCAGCAAGAAGAACUCAGCCCUGGGCAAUAAAGAUGCUGAGGACGGGUUGGAGAUGAACCAACAUGAAGUAAAGGCCUGAGCUGUACACCGCUGGAAAACCAGAGAGACUGACGCACAGAGAAGCUUUGGACGAAUAAAAAAUGAAGGAAAAACGAGAGGAGGUGACGGCUGCCAGAAACUGAAAUAGUAACAUCAUUGAUUUAGUAGAUUGUUGGAAAAAAAUGAAAAAAGAAAAAACAUGAAGCUUUUCAUCAGAACUUGUUGAGAUGAUGUGUUUUUUUCCACAAAGUGACCAACAAUUUAAGGGUCCUGGGACAUUACACAAACCCUCCUGCACGCACACAGAUCACAGUCAUGUAACAAUCGGUCACACAUACAGUGCAAUCACAGCAGUCCAUGAAGAAAAUCAUAUGCUUUGUUUGUGUGUCAUGUGUGUGUGUGUGUGUGUGUGUGUGUGUGUGUGUGUGUGUGU